CACCGACCACAUCCCUUGAGGCCACACCUUCACUGAUGUCGACAAACGCUCUUGCGUUCUCUGCCCGCUCACAACUAUCAGAUCGUGUGGCUGCCAAUGUGCCAAAAACAUAUCGCGACAAGUCAGUGGUGUCCCAGUAUCCCCAUGCCGCGGCACUCAUGGAGAUCGUCGAGUCGUUGGAAGGUCAUUUGCAGAACCCUAGGGCACCCAUAGAUCGGGCAAUGCUCUUGAACCGGCAGGCGAUACUCAAGGUGCGGGACAUCUUGGGCUCGCACGAAUUCUAGUGCCGUCAGAGCUGUCCGUCGUUAGUCGCUACCAUUAUGGAUCUGGUUGUGGGGUUGUACGAGGUGGUUUCCAUCACCAUUCAUCAGCCUACGAAUGCGGCCCACGGCGGGUCAACCCCAGAUAGCAGCGCUUUCAUAAGCACUGGGCAGUCUGAGAUACCUUCGGAAUUGGCACCAACAGCUUCCUAUGCGCAUGACGUGCCCGUUUUUCAAUUUGGUUGCCUUGAAUUCGACCCCGACGAGCAAGAAAACUUCCGGAAUGCGAUGGUUCGACGGGACCUAGUCCGUUUUAUCGAAGCCAUUCGGCACUGUAGCCGAGAGAUUCAUCGGCGACAACUGCUGGGAAACCAAGAGGAUAAUAUAGCAGUCCAGCAUGGAGGGUUCCGAUCGACUAGAUCAUGUACGGACCGUGUCCAGCUACAAUGGUAUCAGGAAAUGGAACACCAAGCCGUACGACUGCUUGCCUCAGUUCCGGUCCGAUGUUCGCAUGGGGAUGGAGGGUCAUGAUGCAAAUAUAAACUAUCCAUAGCCUAGCCUCUA